AUGACCGCUCGCUUGCCUCCCGAGCUCUUUGGACUCGUUCUUGGGCACGUCGUACGCAGCCUGAAGAACCCGCGCCCGUUCCUCGUCGCCUGCUCCCUCCUCGACCGCAGCUACGGCCAGGAGGCCCAGCGCAUCCUCUUCAAGCGAUGCUCGCGAUUGCGCCAGCCAGAACGGGUCGAGGGAUGGCUCGCAUCGCCUCACAGCGUCGCGACGGAGGACCUGGUCGUGUGGUUCCCUCCUCCCGACCACCGCGCGACCGAUAGCGACUUGCUCUGCGCCAGCUUCGGGAUGGAUUCGCGUCUGGCGAGGGUGCUGGGCCGUUGCGCAGCUCUGAAGAGGCUGCAUGUCCACCUGACGAAGACGGUCUCGCCGGCGUUCCUCACGAAGGUCUCGUUGACGAGUCUUGAGCACCUCGAGAUCUCUGCCAACGCAGGCUACUUCGACCCUCUUCGACGCAAACCGACCGGAACCCUUCGCCUCGACAGCUUGACAUCCCUGACGAUCGGCGGCGACGUGCACGAAUCCUUGCUCUUUUCCCUUCACAAGUACUGCACGCGCCUCACGCACCUCGACCUCUCACGCAGCGGCGAGAGCAUCGAUCCUGUCCACGCUUACGACCUCGUUCGUGCUUCCUCAAGGACCCUGACCAGCCUGAGUUGGCGCCAGCACGACGUCCCGAGCCCGCCUUCGCUGCAGCGUUUCACGCAGGAGGUGUCGAAUUUGAAGCAUCUCACCUACUUCCAGCUUGACGGGCCCAUCUGCGAAUGCUGCUACUACGCUCUCGUCGUCGCGCUUCCUCCGACUCUUGAGACUCUCGCCUUCCGCACGGAGGAACACGACAUUCUUGCAGAGCUCUUGCAGGGGACGAUUUUCCUCGAGGACGGUUUGGGCGAGUCGGGCUGUGAACCUGUCGUCCCGUACCUCAAGCUGCUCGUCCUCCCGAAGAAGGUGAAGAGACUGCUACCGCUCAACGCAAUCGACGGAGCUGCCAAGCGAGGCAUCGCACUGCGCUUCACACGAGUGCGUCUCGUCGUUCACGCUGUUGAGGGUCGACACUCACUCACCGAAUCCGCACAGCCGAAACCAAGCGACUGA